AUUUCUUAAGAAAAUUGUGUCAACAUUUUAUUUUAAGGAUAAUUUUGUAAAUUUUUUUUUUGUAAACUAAAAUUUUUAAGGAAGAUCUAGAUAUAGAGAACAAAAACAAAUACUAAAUAACAUCUUGAGCACAUGCACUCUGAAGUAUCUCACACCACCACCAAAGAGAGAUUUUCAUUAGACUUUCAACACAGAAGAUACAAGUUUUUCAAUUUAAUAAAAUUGAAUUAAAUUUCCAUUUAAAAAAGAAAAUUUAUAUAAAAGAUUGUUGGUAGCCUGCUUCACAAUGAAUCCUUGUCACAUAUGUAAGACGGAAACGAAAAACAGUUGCUCCAACUGCAAGCAAGUUUUCUACUGUAGUGCCGAACAUCAGAAACAGCAUUGGAAGGAGCACAAGAAAAAUUGUCAUCCAUUUAAGGUUGCCACUAAUGAUGUGCUGGGCCGGCAUAUGGUAGCCGCUAGGACAAUCAAACCAUUUGAGAUUAUUUUGAAGGAGGCUCCUUUGUUCCGUGGUCCAUCUCAGCUAACUCCUCCCGUUUGUUUGGGCUGUUUGAACGCCAUCGAUCCCAAGGAUUAUAUAAACUGUGAGAAAUGUGGCUGGCCAUUGUGUGGCGAUGAAUGUGCCCAUAAAUCGGAACACAUCUAUGAAUGCGAACUGACUGCUAUGCGGAAUAAAAAGGCCAAUAUUCAGGAGUUUACCAGCCCACAUCCAUUGUAUCAGUGUCUGAGCACAGCACGUUGCCUUAUGUUGCGCGACAAAGAUGUCGAAAGAUGGAAUAAAAUCAAUGAAUUGGAAUCUCUGGAAGAUCAACGUAGAGGUUCCAUGCAAUGGAAGGCCGACUACGAAAGUGUUUGCAAGUUCAUAUUGAAAUAUUUCAAAACUGAAAUCUUCAACGAAGAUGAAAUAAUGCGUGUUAUUGGCAUUCUACAAAUUAAUGGUCACGAAGUACCCACCUCUGAUCCAGCUCAUGUGGCCUUAUUCUAUAAGGCUUCAUUCUUAGAGCAUUCAUGCACUCCCAAUGUGGCCAAGAGCUUCAACAAGGAUGGCCACAUAGUACUGUGGGCUCCCAAGGAAAUCAAGAAGGGAACUCACCUCAGUAUAUGCUAUUCGGAUGCUGUGUGGGGUACUGCAGAUAGGCAGCGUCAUUUGAUGCAAACGAAAGUCUUCAAAUGUCAGUGCCCACGUUGUAUUGAUGUCAGUGAGUAUGGCACAAACUAUAGUGCUCUUAAAUGUGAGAAGGAGGGCUGCAAAGGUCUUAUGUUGCCUGCCAGUCUUAAUGACUGGCAUAAGGAAUGGACAUGCGCUGAAUGUAAAGCCCAAGUAGAUAAAACCUAUGUUAAUAAUAUUUUGGAGAGAGCUGGCAGUGAUAUCAAUGCCAUGGAAAAAACGAGAGAGAAUUGCUUGAAAUAUUUGCAACACUAUGGAAAAUGGUUACCCAGUCACCACUACUAUAUGUGUGAGGUGAAGUUGUAUCUGGUGCAACAAUUAGGCAGACAGGCCCAUGAGCUGAUGAUAUUGUCUGAUGAAGACUUGAGCAUGAAAUUAGAAUAUGGUAGGCAACUGGUGGAACUUUAUGAAACUCUGGCACCAUGUGAAGUCCGCAUGCUUGGUACUCUGUGCUUUGAGGUUCACUCUGCUGUAGCUGAGAACACACGUCGCAUAUCUCUACACACCAGUCUCUCUCCCAAGGAACUUUUGGAGGAGUCUUUAAUGUAUGUCGACAAGGCAGCCAACUAUUUGCAAUUCGAAUCGGAUAUCUUUGUUGAGGGACAUAUUUUGAAACAAGCCAGAAUCAAUAGAGAUGCUUUAAAUAUGGUCAUGAGAAUGUAAUUCAUGUGCUAUCGUUCAUAAACCUUGUGCUUGUUAAAAAAAAAACAAAAUGUUUUAAAAUGUUAA